AUGAUUACUGAAGAACCGGUCACCAUUGUGGUAUACGUUAUGGCGGAGAUUGACAUUGCUCCCCAAUUCGGGCUUGAGCUAAAGGAUGGAUUCAAACCAGCGAAUAGCUGGGUGUCGAACGGUAUCAACUGGCUGGACGACAUUCAAGCGUUCUAUCGUGAAAGAAGUGUCAUCGAGAAGGAAUACAGCGCAAAGCUCAAUGCCUUGGCAAAGAAGUAUUACGAAAAGAAGACAAAAAAGUCUAGCAGUUUAAGUGUCGGCGAUACACCUGCUAUGACCCCUGGGUCACUCGAGAGUGCGUCAUUAACAACAUGGACAACACAACUUACCACGCUCGAAUCUCGCGCAGCGGAACACGACCGCUUUGGAGGAGAGUUGAUUACCCAGGUCGCAGAGCCACUGAAAGUGCUUGGGGGACGUUACGAAGAGUUACGCAAACGCCACGUUGAAUAUGCGGAUAAAUUAGAAAAGGAAAGAGACUCUACGUAUGCGGAUCUGCGUAAGAUGAAAGGGAAAUACGAUACUGCGUGCCAGGAAGUCGAGAACAAGCGGAAGAAGGCGGAAUCUUCAUUUGAUUAUUCAAAGACAAAAGCACAGAAUGCAUACCAACAACAAAUUCUCGAGAUGCACAACGUUAAGAAUGGCUACUUAAUCGCUAUAAAUGUUACAAAUAAGCAAAAGGAGAAAUACUAUCAUGAGUAUAUUCCGGAUCUGCUUGACAGCUUACAAGACCUCUUCGAAUCGCGCACAAUUAAGCUCAAUGGUAUAUGGUCAUUAGCGGCGCAUUUGGAGACGGGAAUGCUAGAACGUAGCACGGAGUUUGUCAAUCACUUAUCGGCAGAGAUACCAAGAAACCAACCUACUUUAGAUUGUAUGAUGUUUGUCAGGCAUAAUGUAGGGCCUUGGCAAGAGCCUCCGGACAAGCCAUUCGAACCAAGUCCUGUAUGGCAUGACGACGAUGCGAUGAUGGUGGGAGAUACUGCAAAAGUUUUUCUUCGAAACGUUCUUAGUAAAUCUAAACUUCAGCUUGGAGAUCUAAGGAGAGAAGUGGAUAAGAAGCGACGUGAAGUUGAGAGUACCAAACGUGUGAAACAGCAGAUUAGAGAGGGCAAAGAUAAGCGGGAUGAAAUCGAAGUUGUUCGAGCUAUCUUUGCUUUGCAAGAAGAACUACAUCAGGUUGAUCACAAGAGAUUAACUGCAGAGGUUGAAACAUCAACAAUCACAGAAGUGGUUGGAGAUGUCACAUUAGGCUCGAAGAGUCACAACUUCAAAUCCCAAACUUUCAAGAUACCCACAAAUUGCGAUCUAUGUGGUGAACGCAUAUGGGGACUCUCAGCCAAGGGAUUCGAUUGUAGAGAUUGCGGCUACACAUGCCACAGCAAAUGUGAAAUGAAAGUCCCAGCCGAAUGUCCAGGAGAACAGACCAAAGAUGAGAAGAAGAAAUUAAAGGCGGAACGUCAGGAAACUGCCAAUGUCAUCAAAGCCCCAGGUACAGGUCUCGCAGAUAGUGUUGCGGAGCUUCCAACCAUGAGUCGAUCCAACACGAUGAAUUCGUUAAGCUCGGGUUAUGCUGCUAGUGCACAUAGGUCUGUUUCUGCAAAAUCGCCAGCCGAAGAAACACCCCCCGAUCCUGUGGCUGAUCGAAGAAGCAUAUCUUCGAGUCUCAAACCAGGGAUCUUGAAGAAGAACAGGGUUGUAGCUCCUCCACCAACAGCGUAUAUCAGCGAGCUGCCAGGGAGUGGUGUCGUCAAUGGAUCAUCAUCAAAUGAACAGAAAGGGAAGAUGAUAUAUGCCUAUGACGCCAAUGGUGGCGAAGAAGUCACAGUAGCCGAAGGCAAAGAAGUUGUCAUCCUCGAACCAGACGACGGUGGCUGGACCAAAAUCAAAUCUGGCCCCAAAGAAGGCCUAGUCCCUACCGCCUACCUCGAAAUACUCCCUCUCUCCUCCUUUGCAGCUCCUACCAAUAGACCCGUUUCCAUAAUUUCUACCUCUGGCUCCUCAAUCUCAGCUGGCAAGAAACAAGGUCCAGUCGUAGCACCCAGAAGAGGAGCCAAAAAGCUGAAGUAUGUAGAAGCGCUAUAUGAAUAUACGGCGCAGAGUGAGGCCGAAUAUAGUAUGGUGGAGGGAGAGAAAUUCGUGCUAAUUAAGGAGGAUCCUGGGGACGGAUGGGCGGAGGUCGAGAAGGGAGGCGUGGUAAAGAGUGUGCCGGCGAAUUAUGUACACAUUGUUUAG